AUGGAGACAAUUGGAAAGCGUGGAUGGGACGUGAAAAAGAUGGAUGCUGUGUUCGUUGUCGACGCUGACGGCAGAAUAAAUCCAGAUUCGACCUACGUUUGCUCCAGAGAGUAUGGAAGCCCGGACGGAAUUCUCCUGGGGGUGUUGGCGAAAAAACUGAACUUCACGGUGAACGUGAUCGACCCGAAUACGAACGGCAGACACAGCCAUCAGAUGGAGAGCGACACGUUCAGCGAAACUUUUACCAAUAGGACAGACUUCGACCGGGUUUGCGCGAUCGAUCCCAAAGCAACCAACGUACCAAAGGAUCUGAGAACGUUCUACGUCUUCUACAACUCGUCUGUGUGGCUGUGCAAGAUGUAUAUGUGCUGUCGAUCAAUGGCGCGCUGUAUCCUUUAUAUUGCAACUGAUCAUCCAAUUUCAUUACCUUCGACUACUACUGAAAGAUGCCUUUCACCAGACAUACUUUUCUAUGAUAUAACGCUAAUGAGGAUGUUCAAUGGUAUCCUAUACGAGUGUUUGAUAACAGACAUGUUCUAUAGCGAAAUUAACGAUUUAUUAACAGAACUGGAUCGAAACUCAUCUGGAUUGCCAAUAGAAUUUCUUUUAUACGAUACAGUGGACUUGUUUGGUUCCAGUGAUGAUCGUCGCUUGAAUGCGAUAUUAAAAAGAUUACAAAAGAAUAUGCUACAUAUUUCCAACGCUAUUAGAAAUUUGUUCAGGCCAAUAUCUUCCUUUGGUAAACGAAUCUUCCGGAGAUAAAACUGGAACUCGUAUGCUGCACGGCGUCUUACAACAUCCAGGUACACUCUUUUUAUAUGUUCAACGUGACACGUAUUCUUAAAAUUAAAGUCUCUCAAAUUAUCGUCUACGUUUUCUAAAUUUCAUCCAAGAUCCAUCUACAUCGUCUUCUAUCAUCGUCACUAUCAUGAUCGGUGGAUUCAAUCACCCAGACUUUGCAACGUUAUGGAGAACACACCCUGUAUUAGAUAGUAUCUUGAGGAUGAAGAUGAACUUUUAAAACAUCGACGAGGACGAGAAGCAAAAUUCACGGCGUUUCGGUUGAAUACGACUCGAAGAACAGUUUCUUCGUACCUGCGACAGGGUUAACCAUCGUCAUUUUUUUUUAACGAAAAUGAAUGGUUCGAAUUAUGGUAGAAAAAAAUCAAGAAAAAAUUCUAUUAUUAAAUAAUUUUCACGCUACUCGUCUGAAUAACCACACGACGUACCUCGUUUAUACUUUAAAUUGAAUAUAUUGUUCAGUUUGAUUUACUUGUAGUUGAAAGGAAUAGGAGGAUAAUGAGAGAAUUUUGUAACAAUUUGCUUAGCAUUAAUUAAAAUGGCAAUUCAGAUAAAAAUA